AUGAAUUGCACUACUCUGACAUGGUCAUCAAUUACAGCUGAUGAACUUAGUCCUACGAUUGUCGUUUGUUCAAUUGCUGUUGUUAUUCAUAUUAUCUUCUGGAUUCAACUUAUACCAUUUUCAUCAUUAAGAAAAAAAAAUUUGAUAUGGUUAUAUUCAUAUUUAAUAACGGAUUUUUUUCUUCUAACUCGAUUUUUUAUUAUGUAUAGUAUGCGUCAUUGGCGUGUAUGUUUAUAUCCAACACUUCGCAUGAUUUUAUGUUAUUGGGAAGCAUCAUCAAAAUUUUAUACAAAUACCGUACAAAGUUAUAUUUUAUUAGCAUUAAAUGUAUGCCGUUGUGCACAAAUUAUUUUUAAUCGAAACGUUUUUGUACAAAAUCCUCGUUUAAUUAUUUUAACUCAUCUAUUGAUUUAUAUAUUACCAGCACUUAAUGUCAUCAUACAAUUUCUUGGUGAUUGGACUCAAUUGUGGCGUAAAGCAGGCGAAGCUUGUGAUAUACAAUAUGUAUCAUUAUCUGUUCAGAUAUUUAAUUUAUUCUUCGUCUAUAUUAUUCCAGUUACACUUAGUCUUAUUAUUAUUGGGAUUUGUAUUCGUCAUGUAAGUUCCAUAAGAGGUAUUCGUAGUCAACAAAUAAUUAAUCUUCGUCGUAAAUAUAAACGAACUCUUUUAACUCAAACAAUUAUAUUUUAUUCGAUUUGGCUUGCAUUAUGGAGUCCAAAUUUACUUGCUUUUCAAUUUAUAAAUGUUAAUACUCAACCUGGUAUUUAUACUUCGUUACUUAAUUAUAUAGAAAUUGCAAUGGAUCCAAUUCUUGUUGCUACAAUUGACGUUCGAUUUUUUCAUUCAUGGCGAAUAGUAUGGCGUAAAAUUAAAGCACGUCGACAAAGAACUGUUGCUCCAGUGGUACCAGCUGAUCCUAAACAAGAAUAUUGA